AUGAAUUGGGGUGGAGAAGAGAUUUGGCUACACGAAUUGGAGGUGAGGGAUGAGGAUAUAGCCCUAAAAGAUGCGAAGUGCACCAGGACGGAGGGUAGGAUAAAAAAUAGGAAAGUGGUCAAGACGUUGACGAAAUCGGCCAAAACGCCUGAAGAUGUACUCAGUCGAAUUCCAAUGCCAGAAAAAGACACGAAGACGAUGGCAGACACAAAACGGAGUGCAUGUUUCGAAGACUCUUUGAAAUCACGACCAAAUGGCGUAAGCGUGGCCAAAAAAGAGUACGACCCAAACAACAACAACCCUAUCUUGGGUUUCAUGCCUACGAUUUACUUUAGUCUGCUCUGUUAA